AUGGAGAAAUUUGCACAGCUGCUACCUUAUACAGGACGCUAUGUCGAAGAUGGCCGCGCGCGGUGCCUGCUCUCCGGCGGGGAAGGCGCUGGCCUUGGUGCGCGGCUGUGGCUGUGGGCAGGAGCGGGAGCGAGCCGGGUGCAUCGGCUCAGCCUGCAGGAUGAUGUGAGGCAGAAAGUUCACCUCAGCACCUUUGGCGUCUUCAUGAAUGGAUUCAUGAUGGUCAAUGUCAGCAACCUUUCACUGAAGGGACAUGGAGCUUUGAUGGCAAGAGCAACUCAGCACAGUACAGGAGCAGAGAAAGACAUACACUUUAGGAAAAGAGAAUGGUCAGACUUCUGGUGCCUUAUCAAGCUCUGGGAAAGCAGGUGUGUAACUUGUGAUAUUUUGCCCUUGCAUUAUCAGGACGAAGAAGUGAGUUACUGUAUCUUGAAAAAGAAACCAGAGCAGUAUGUUUCUGUUAUUCUUCUACACCUGGACUUUACAAACAAUGUGACAAGUCCAAAAGAAGCAGAACAGCAACUCAGCAAGUGCACCAUUUUCGUAAAGAUAAAGGAACUGUUUCAUUCGAGAAAAGGUCUGUACAGACUUUGCUUCCCCAAGUGUGUUGGCAGUGUUGUGCAGACCAGUGCUCAGCUCCUAUUUAGCCUUGAUAUAGAGAUCAAGGAGAAGAACCCUGAAAGUUACCUCUUAGCGGGUGAGAUCCCACUUCCAAAGCUCUAUAUUUCAAUGGCUCUCUUCUUCUUCCUUUCUGCGACCAUGUGAAUCCACAUCCUUCGUAAAUGCAGGAAUGAUGUGUUUAAGAUUCACUGGCUAAUGGCAGCCUUCCCUUUCACAAAGUCUCUGUCCUUGACGUCUAGCAAAGAGUGCAAGCCUGCUAAUUCACCAAACCUCAAUGUUACUUACAAAGAAAGAUCACAGGCACAGUUCAAUGACAAGGGCACUCAGGUAGGUUUAUUGCCUUCAAGGCUGAAGGACUUUCUGCUGUUCAUCACCAUCAUACUAAUCAGCACUGGCUGGGCUUUCAUUAAACACCUUUCAGAUAAAAACAAAAAGGUCUUUAUGAUUGUCAUCCCGCUACAGGUCCUGGCAAGUGUGGCAUACGUGAUCAUAGAGUCAAGAGAAGAGGCAACAACUGCCCAUGGGCUAUGGAAACGAAUUCUAUUCCUCGUAGACCUACUAUGUUGUGAAGCCAUCCUAUUUCCAGUAGUAUGCCAGUGCUGCUCUGAGAAUCCAUACAGAUGGCACAAAGUGUCCCUGGUAGUCUUUCUACUCCAGAAGCCAGAUUGUAUGUUACAUUUACAUCACACACGGGUCAUUCCAAUUGUCAUCAGGUUUGCUGUUCUGUUCCAGUGGAAUUGUCUCUACCAGCUGUUGGAUGAAAUGGCAACAUUUAUGUUCUUUGUUUUUACAGGGUACAAGUUCUGUCUGGCAUCAGGUAACCCAGACCUACAUCUCUCUUAGGACGAUGGAGAUGACUUGAAGGUGGAAGCUAUGGUGGCUACUUCAGGGGUGAUGAAAAGCAGGGAGAAGGUCAAGAAAGCGGUAAAUGGUUCAGCAGAGCCCCGACACAAGUGGAAGAACGCAGCACAAGGGGCCGAUUCCUCUGGACCAAGGCAGCACUUCCCAAGAAAAUGUUACUGUACUACUACUCCGUGGAAAGGGAGCAACCUGAGCUUCCCAACUCUGAGACUGCAGACUGGGGUGUGUGAAGGGGAGCAAAACAUUGCAAAAAGCUAAUUAUUCCUCUUUUAGAAAUAUGGGUUUAUUAUGGGAUAUUGUUACACACAAGGAAUCUGGAGCUUUCUUAGGGAUGCUGGGUGGCUUAUUUGCUUCACACACACACCCCUUUCUGGAACUGUUAGGACUUCUGAAUUGUUUGCAGUUGUGUUCUCUGGAGUGUGUGAUAUCAAUGCGAAGAGAGACCUAUAGUGUGUGUGAGUAAAGUAAAUGCAUAUACACAUGCUGUGUGACACCUGCGCUGGAAAUUAUGAAGUGUCAUGAAAGGUGGGGAAGUCCACCAGAGGAGCUCGUUCUUGUGGAAUGAAAAGGUGGGAGAACCCCUGAAAGAAUUCUGUGACUAGCCUCUACUGCAGCACGAGUCUCCUCUCUUUUUAUGUUGAGCCAUAUCACCUCUGUUGGGGCCUAUUGCCUCUGGCUAGGAUGUGUAGCAUCAGUGAGACUGCUGCCUAAGCACCUGAAUCAGUCAGGAAGGCAUAUAGACUGCAGCUACCAGAUCUUAAUCUUCAUGAAGAGAUCUGGACAUUCAGUGUUGACUGCGCUUCUACAGAAGAAUGGCAGUGUGGGGUUCCAUCAUGUAAAUGUGCUAAUAUUGCUCAGAUUACAAACUCACUAGGGAUCAGAUUUGGUGAAUGACAGUUGCAGAACUCAAGUCUCCAGGGACUGGAGAAUUGGAACCACUGGAAGCUUUGUCCUUUCAAUAAAGACUGGAACAGGAUGUAAUGGAGUUUGGUUUUAGAAUGUUGAUUCAUUUCUCUUUUGGACUGGAGCUGAGAUCGCAUAGCUCUUAAUAAAUGAGUUUUAAAGAAUUAA